ACAAACGUUAUUCGAUAUGGCUACGGCAUGGGGAACUAACCACCCGUGUCCCUCCAGCCUUUCCUUUUUUUCCCCCGCUGCCGGGCUUGCCGUUAAUGACUUUCUCGCCCAAGGUACCCCUUUACAGGCGUCUCAAGCAGUAAGUCCACAACUUCCGGCAACGGCAGCAACGGCAGCAGUUACAGCAGCAGUGACAAGAACAUGUGGGCAAGGAGAUGCAGCAGCUCCCUCAGCAACUGCAGCUGCGGUCCCCCCCCCGCCGCCCGCCACGUCCACGAUGUGAAGGUGCCUCGCGUCGAGAGUCCAGGUCGAAAAUCCCCCGUGGUACCAACGAAGAGGGGAGCGACGGCGACGAUUCCCGCCGUGCGGUCCGGAGAGGCCUCUGGGAUGACGGGCUGGCGGACUACCAGCCCGAACUAUCAACCGGCCUACUGCCAAACCCGCGCAACCCAGCGGCCAACUGGCAAAUGCUUUGGCAGGGUGAUAUUGAACGCCGCGGCGUCAAGUUACCCCGAAAGCUCAAUGAGCCCAGGGAGAUGUAUCUUGACCUCUAGGGUGAUGAGCCGCCUCCCCUGGGCCAUUCGGGAUGGCUGGACCUGCCACGCUCGAGACGUUUGGUGUUGCUGGACCGCCCCGAAAGGUAUCGAUUUUGGCACGAUACAGCGCAGCAUUACAUGAUAUAGCGCCACGUACAACCCAUCGGUUGAUGGCUCGCCGUGUCGGCCGCCCGGACUCGCACCCGGAUACGGGGCUGACAUCUCCAGGCGACCACAUAUUCGGUAACCGAAUCUUGUAUAAGCGCCCGUGGCGAGACACUAUCAGCAGGUAUGCCCAGAGACAAGACUCGGCCGUAGGACUGUGGUGAGGAGAGCGAGAGCGAGGGAGAGAGAGAGAGAGAGAGAGAG